CGACCCCAGAUUUUUGCUCGCGUUGCACUGUGCACGGGCCAUUGUCAACAAGUAAACAACACGGCGACCUCAGAUCUUCCCACGCCGACUAACCACAGCCCGACCACUUAUUCGACCACCCACUUCUACGCAGACAAUAUGGUAGAGCCGCUCUUGAACAUCUGUCCUGAAAAAAUCAAUUCCAUUCCUAUCGGCGAUGACGACAUGACCUGGCACGAUCCUCCGUCUUCUCCAUUUGUUUCCCACAUCGAGAUGGAUGACCAGGAGAACAUUCCGCCGGCAAAUACAGCUCCAACGCCGGUCAAAGCUGGUCUGAGCCUUGAUGACGACGUGCCUCAGUCUGCCUUCAAGAUAUCGUCCCCUUCAAAAGCCUUUGGGCUGAAAGAUAGGACUUCGCCCGUCAAGAAGUCUCCAACCAAGCACAUGGUUGAUGAACACGACGAUCCAACCCUGCGACACAAUGCCGAGGACCGCAGCAGCCCCAAGAAAGUGUCUCCAGUCAUGCCGGUGAUGAUAGAGCGACCUGAGUCGGCAAUGAGUGAACGAUCGCGCACGAGCCGGUCUCCCUCGAAGCCGUCCCGGACCAAUUCAGUCGAAUCAGUUCCCCACCUCUCGAACUCACUUCAUGGCCCCCACCUCAACAACUCUCCUCCUUCUAAGCACGAUCCCUUCCACGCGGCACCAACCCUGCGCGAUAACGAGGGCUUAACUGUUGCGAUGACGAUUAUGGAAGAGACUCGGAGCGUCACUCAUGAGAGUUCGACAACGCACCAUUCUGAUAACGUAUUCUUCGACGAUAAUGAGGAUGACUUUGGCCACAUGGUAGAGGAUUUCGAUGGGAACCCUGAUGGUCCAGACAUGACGUCCUUGACUAUCGACGACACCUGUUUCAGCGCCUUUUCGGAAAUGCCCAACCUCGACAUGACCAAAUUCGCCGUAAUAAGGAACAGCCCUACCAAGAAUGGAUUGGCUGAUCAGUCAACGCCUCGAGCGCGCACCCAAAUGACACCUUCCACUGCACGGCGGACCGAACGCACACCAUCUCCAACCCCUCGUCGGUCGCAAAAAGAGAACGACACCACCAAUCUACUACUUGACUUCACCGCCCAAUUUGAGGCCUUUUCGUCCACCCGCCGUUCUCCAAUCCGUGGUCGCACAUCUCCCGUCAAAUCCGGAACCGAACCAAAUCUACUCUCCUACAUCCAAAACCAACGCUCCCCAGCCAAAGGUUCCUCAUUCGUCCCUUCAACGCCCAGUCGCGAGCGUCAGCACAUGCUCAAUCUCCUCGAUUUCGAGCUCCCUCCCCCACCUACCCCCCGGUCCAUCCCCACGGUUACGAUCCGCGAGUUGGAAAGUCUAAAAAGCACAUUCCAAUCCCAAAUCUCAAGUCUCACAGCCAGUCUCUCCGGCAAAGAAGCCGAAGUCGAGAGUCUGGUCAAAGCCGUCUCUAACGCGGAACGCCGUGUCGGAGAAGCGCAAGAGCUCGUUCGCGACGAGCGCAGUGCGCGCGAGCACGCAGAGGCGCAAAUGACAGACUGGAAGAAAAAAGGCGAGGAGGUGCAGAAGCUGCUGCAAGACGUGCAGUCCGAACUUGCGCGCAACGACUCCGAACGCGAAUCCCUGAUCUCCCGUAUCACGGAGGCGGAAAAGCGCGCUGAGGACGCGGAAACCCGGGCAUCAGAGCUUGAAACUAGAGUAAUUUCAGCGGAGAGUAAGAAUGUUGAUAUGACGACUUUUAUUGGUGAUGAUGAUAGAAAGGUUUACUCGGAAGCUGAGUGUUCAGCAGCGAUCGCCGAGAAGGUUAAUGAGGUUGCGAGGGAUUUACAUACGGCGUAUAAGGCGAAACAUGAGAAGAAGAUUAAGGCGCUCAAGGAUAACUAUCAGAAGAAGACGGAUGAGAGGUGUAAGGAGCUCAGGGUGCAGAUUAUUCGUCUGGAACGCCAGGUGGAGGAAGCGGACAAGAAGCGCGACGAUACCUUUUCUAAAGUUCUGCCUGCUGUGCUCAAGACCCCCGGUUCGGAGAGUUGCGAGAAAUGCGGGAAAUCAGACGCAGAUGCUCCGAUUCCGCCCAAAGCUACGGUUACUUCAGCAGAGGACUCGAAGCUACUCGAAACCCAACAAAGCGAGAUCCAAAACCUCAAAGCGAAACUCGCGGGCUUGCAAUCAGAACUCUCGUCAAUCCGCAAAUCCCAUGACGCCCUGUUCCAAGAACUCGAGGCCGAGCGCGUGGAGAAAGGAGAGCUGGUCGCCGCGGCGGAACAGAUGCUCGCCAUGUGUGGCGAGAAAAUGGAGGAGAUUCAGCAGGAGGAGUUUAGGAAGAGUCAGAUGGGAUCCGCGCCUACGCCUACGCCUACACAUACGCAAAUAGCUUCUGCGACUCGCGCUGUGGGGGGAAUUGCGAAUGGGAAUGGAGGUUCUAGACCGGGCUCCGCGCUCGCGAUGGGUCGGCCUGGAAGUGCGAUGGGUGAGCGUCUUGGGGCUAUGGGUGCGGAGAAGGCGAGUGGGAUCGCGAAACCGAGUGGGUUGCGUGCUCCAGGUGGAUUUGGAUAUCAGAGUGGUGCGCAGGGAAUGAGUCGGAGUACGAGUGGUAGCAAGAGUAGGAUUAUGAGUAACAUUGAGAGGAUGGGGGGCGCGAGUAGGCAGCAGCAGCAGCAGCAGCAGCAGCAGCAGCAGGAGUAGAGGUGGGAAAGGAAAUAGAGGCACGGUGUGUGGGGGAGACAGAGUGCUUGUGUAUAGUGGCGUUGUUGGUUAGCUGAGUUUGG